CCUCUGAACAGAGUGGAUCGUUAAAACCCUUUGCUUACGAAGAUGAUUUCAGUCACGGUCGGUUUGCCGUCAUUCUUGGAACAGUGAAAUGGUCAUCCGUACAAUACGAACAUUGGAUCUUCUUCAAAACUCAUAACAAUGCAGUUUUACCAUGGCUAGUGCUAGUGAUGGCGUGGUGCCUCGCAAACAUCGACUGUUUGUGGCUGCCAUCGACUUCGGUACGACUUACUCGGGGUACGCCUUUUCAUCAAAAGACGGUUGGGAGAAAGAGCCUCUAAAGAUCAACUCAAAUGUCUGGAAUGCAGGAACCAAACGUCUGCUGUCUUCAAAAGCACCGACCACUCUUUUGCUAAACCCUGACAAGAGCUUCCUAUCCUUUGGAUAUGAUGCCGAGACAGAGUAUUCAGAUAUGGCGGAAAAUGGCAAAAAUUUCCAGUCCUACUACUAUUUCGAUUGCUUUAAGAUGUUACUUCAUGACAAUAAAAGCUUAUGUCGAGAUACGGAGAUAAAAGAUGCAACAGGUAAGCUCCUGAAAGCUAUGCAUGUGUUCAGUCUGUCAAUCAAGUUCCUUCGAGACCAUCUUUUUGAAAGCCUCGGCGACAAGUUUACGGGUAUACAGGAAGAAGAUAUACACUACGUCUUGACAGUUCCCGCAAUUUGGGACUACAACGCAAAACAAUUUAUGAGGGAAGCAGCAGUCAAGGCUGGUAUAUCGGAGAAACAAUUAUCCAUAGCUCUGGAACCGGAAACUGCGUCCAUUUACUGUCAGCAUCUGCAACUUGCCCGUCAGACAGAUAAGAGUGGAGCAUCAUUCCUUGAUGUCGUUAAAACAGGAACAACGUUUAUGGUUGUGGAUCUUGGAGGUGGAACCACUGAUAUUACAUUUCACGAACGCUGUAAGGGAGGCAACCUAAAAGAAAUCCAUCAGCCCAUAGGGGGGCCAUGGGGAGGACGAGAUAUCAACGAGGCUUUCUUUGCUUUGAUAUCAGAAUUAUUGGGGAAAGAUGUUUUCGAUGAAUUCAAGAAGAAUGCAUUGGAUGAAUUUCUUGAAUUGCAGAGAGAUUUUGAAACGAGAAAACGUUCAAUCUUUUCUCAAAAAUCUGAAACUAUUAAUAUGUCGCUUGGGUAUUCCUUGUUUAAGUUGGUCAAGGAAGCCAGAAAAACGGACUCUGUCGAUGACAUCAUCAGUAAAAAUCCGAAAUACGCCGGGAAAAUUACCGCAAGAAAACAAAAAGUUCAAAUUCCUGCAGAUAUUUUUAUCUCCUUAUUCCUUCCUACUAUCGGUAAAAUAAUAGCACACAUAAAAAAAAUAAUGAAGGAACAUUCUGUUUCGAUCGACUAUAUUUUAAUGGUCGGUGGAUUUGCUGAGUGUGAUAUUGUUCAAAAAGAAUUCAAAAGUGCAUUUUCUGAUAUAAAGGUUAUAAUACCGGAAGAAGCGGGACUGGCCGUUCUAAAGGGUGCUGUGAUGUACGGCCACAUGCCACAAAUAAUAACAACAAGGGUAGCCCGGCACACGUACGGAAUUCAAAGCUGGCCGGAAUUUGAUGCAAGGAAACAUCCUGUUUCUAAAAGAGUUGUCAUCGAUGGUGUAGCCAGAUGUAAGGACGUCUUCUUUAAGUAUGUAACCAUUGGACAAGAAAUCACUCCAGGGUACAAACGUUCUCAGUUUUUCCAAGUCCUAAAACCAGAUGAGAACACACUGGAGUGUACAAUAUUCGCCUCCUGGGAGAAAGAUCCGAAAUUUAUCACGGACGAGUCCUGCUUCAAGCUUGGAACACUUACGGUCCCUCUGCCACAGCAGCGAUCCAGUGAGCCUCUUGAAAUCGAGGAAACAAUGGUGUUUGGGAUGACUGAAUUACACAUUUCUGCGAGAGAUACAGUUAAUAACCGUAUAUAUAAGGACGCUUUAAUCAACGUUCUCGACAAAUAAUUAUCUCAUUUCAUAGGUGACGCUAAUGACGUAGACUGGGGGCGCAAACAACUUUUGCAUAAUUACACGAAAUAAAAAUAACGUAUUAAUUAAUAUCAAUACUUUUAAUACUGAGAAAGUCCAAAGCAAACCCCUUCCGGAUUUAUGAUAAAUUUGAUCCUGUCUCAACCAAAUUUAUCACUUGACAUACAAAAACUAAAGUCACUAAGCCCUGCCACCGGGGAAUCCAUCAAAGUACCGAAAGUAUUCAUGGUGGUAAAGGACUAUAUAUACGAUAUGAGCCUAAAAUGGCCCCCUAAAAUAAACAUCAUCAUUUUACUGUAAAUCUUUGUUUUCUUUGUACAGAUGUAUAUGUGAUGUUUUUACAUAAUGUUCAUUUUGAUACAACUGCCCACAAUUUAGAAAUAUGACAUCAUAAAGACCACCUUUUCCCACCAUUUUUGCAUUUUCAGCAUAAAACAGCUUCUUUUCAAGCACUUUUUCUUUCAGAAAAAAAAGAUAGAGCGCAUGCUUGAACAAACAAAAUAUUUUAAUCAGAGAUGUAUCUAUCCAAGGCUAAUAAGUGACAAAAAAGUUUCCUUAUUCAAGCAUGCGCUGUAUAUUUCCCAUUCAUAAAACGAUAUGAAAAAUGUAAAUUUUUGGCCGAUUUUGAUUGAAUUAUAGAAAUAGCGUCACUGUUGACGUCAUAUACUGACAGCAAGUGCAAAUAAAACAAAUAAAUAGGUGAAAAAUAUAGUUUAUAUCAACUCUUCUAAAAUAUAACAUAACAUUUUAUUGUACCCGAAACACUUUUAAAAAUGGCGAAUUAUGGGGACCAAAUUUAACUCAUAUCAUAUAUAGUUCUUUUAUCUUUUUUUUUCAAGUUUAUCUUCGGCAAUUCAUGAUUGAUAAAAAGAGAAUGCGACAUUAGAAGAGAACAGAGAAGUUUAGUGACACGCUUAGGGGCAUUUUAGCUUGACUGUGUAUAAGAACCAGAGAGAUUGUCAACAUACCAUACAUGAAUUGUGAAAAAUGAGAAAAUUUAUAGAUUUCUACAUAAUUAUAAAAUGUAUAGAUACCUCAUCGUGUACUUAUAGGUUACAUAACAAAAUAUACGUUUGUGUACUUAAGCAAUCUACAAGUAUCUGAGCUUUAAACACAGCAUCGAUGCUAAUAAAAAAAAAAUCAAAAUUUUGAAACUACAGUGUUUAGUGACAAAGUAGAUUUUUAUUGUAUGAAAACUAUAUUAGCAAUGCUGAUUCAUUGUCAGUUGAUACAUAUUUUUCAGACUUUAAAAAUCACAAUCUAUGGUUAGUUAAAAUUUUAUAUUUAUCGUUUAUAUUAAUACAAAUAUUUGUAUUUAAGAAAAGCAUUUCAUUAUCAACAUGUCAUAUUAGUGAAUAAAAGGAUUGAACA